AUGAAAAUGGUGAUCAAGGCCAAAUACCUUGAGUGGUCCAAUGCUUUCACGGAAGAAUACAGCGCGCUCUGUCUUGCCAAUGGUGAUACUGCCCUCGCUGCAAGCGAUUAUGACAGGGCGAAGGUCAUCGAAUUCAAUCCUUCGUCUCACGUUGGAUACGAGUUGAUGCAUACAGCGCUGCGUGGCGCGCAACGUUACGACGAAGCUAUUGAGGCCUUCAAAAUUAUGUUGUCCAAGUUGGACGAUUCUCCCGAAGCUCAGAUACGAGAUCUGCGUCAGCAGUAUGUCUCUCCAUCGGAAGCAGAAGACGCCAUUCAAAGAGUUGUUCGGAUUGAACUCGAAUGUGCCCCGCUACGUCUACUGAAUACCUCCACGGAGUACAACGAGCUUGUCUCAUUUCCAACGAAGGAUUCGAAUCUCCGAGCAGAGCGCAUCAAAGAUGUAGUGGCAACGUACUUCCGUUGCGUCCUGUUAUCACACAGGUGGGAGAAGAUGGAGGCGCUACUGCACGACAUUCAAGAUAAAUAUAAGAGCAACACCGAGCUUCAAGAAUCGGUCAACUCUUAUCGUCAUUCAGCGCUUGCCAUCGUCCACCUCUGCGAUGUCUCUCCUUCAUCCCAACCCGGUGCACUGGCGAGGAGUGUUUGGAACAAGCGGGGAUGGACCUUUCAAGAUUUCGUCGCUUCGAAAGUUGUUAUCUUCUAUCAAAAUGAUUGGUCAUUAUAUCUGGGCGAUCGCUCUCCCAACCACAAAGAGUCCCCCAGACUUCAGUGGGCGUCAUCUCGCGUCACCACAUUGCAAGAAGACGUCGCGGACUCAUUGUUUGGUAUCUUCGGUGCCCACCUACCUGUCAUUUAUGGCGAGAAGAAGCAGAACGCGCUCGGGCGACUCUUGCAGGAGACCGUGGCUCGGUCGGGGGACAUCACCGUCAUCGACUGGGUCGGACAACCUUCCGAGUUCAACAGCUGUCUUCCGGCCUAUAUUACUUCUUACCGUUUACGCCACUCCUCCACGUACACUUCCAUCUUUGUCCGAAGAUCAGAUUCAGACGACUAUCUCCUCCCUGCGAAAGAAUCCCAUGGUUUGGUAGUAAAUCAGUGA